UAAAACCCCUUUAGCUCUAUGCUCUAACCAUAGUCGUUAUACAAUUCAGUACAAAUCACAGUAGUCUAAUUAUAAUUAAUUGCGGUCCAAUAUCGGUGAAGCACACUAUCUAACUUCCAAUUGAAAACCAGCCUCUUCCGUCAGAUUUUAGAUAUAACGCCAAAGCCUGCUUCCACAAAAUUACAUGGAUUUUAUCACAAACAGUUUAAUAUUUCUGAAGAAGUUGGAGUGACAGUUUCCACCAUCGAGGUUGAUGACGGAAGCACUAACGCUGGAGUUAUCAGCAUUACUUCCAGAACUUCAGAAUUUCAGAUUGUUAUUAAGGCACGAGGAAUAGAUAAAGAGGAAUUAAGAAAUUUGUUUAAAAAAUGUAUUGCCACUGUAGAAGGGGUAGAAUCCACACUCAGGACAAGAUCCAGUUUUACCCCCUCACUGAAUCUUCAUAUCGAAUAUACUAUGUAUUCACAUGGGCAAGCUACUGCUGUUAGAUACUAUAAUGGGACUAAUAUCAUCCCAUUAUUUAGAGAAAUUAAAAGAUUCUUCAUGAUGAAGAGAUUUUCAAAUUUUUCCUCCCACCACGUAGGGAGUUUCUUCAAUAAAGAGAAGUUUUUUGUCACUGACAUCGGCAUGCCUGGUGUUCUGUCAGCUGAUUUCCCAACUCUCUCCAGUUUCCGGAGUAAAUCUAAUGGUGAAGCUUCAAAUGCCAGUGUUGAUAUACGGUAUUGGUCUCAAGGAUCGAAUGUUUUAAAGGUGAAAAACACAAUUGUAAACAUUUGGCAAGGAAUAAUUAAGUCACAUGUGAGUCGUUUUGUUUCCACAUUUGGUUUAAAUUCAAACACCACAAAUGGUCUUGAAAUGAAAUUUUCCUUCAUCCCUACUGAUAUCGUAGGCUUUAAAUGGUACACGACAACUGACGUAUUCACUAAUAAUUAA